GCGACAUGCAUGCGUGCGUCUGCGUAAAUUUUGACAGCCAUGUGUCAUUUGAAUCUUUUAGGUUAGACAAAAUUAUAUUGUUGAACGUUAGUCCUAAAAAUUGAUUUCAUUUGAAGAGAAAGCCUAAUAACAGUUUACGUAAAUGGACGAUUUAGAAGAAAAAACUUACUCAAAAAACUUUUGGAAAAAAAUAGAAAGAAAACAAAAGCGUAUUCAGAUGAAAAUCCUUGAAGAAAUACAAAUUAAAUCCUCUAGUCAUCCUACAACGAAUGUAUUAAUAUGUAAUGCAGGGCUAGUAAACGGCUUUACAGAAGAGAAACUUGUUUCUUUGUGUGAACCUUUUGGAGACAUAGAUAGAGUUAUUAUGCCACCAGGAAAAUCGUAUUGUUUCAUAGUUUUUAAAAUUGUAAAUGACGCUUUAAACGCGUUUAACACAAUUCAUGGUAAAAUCAAUAUGGGGCAGGAUGAAAAUAUCCUGUUUUUAUCAUUUACGGAAACAGUUCCUGAUAUAAAAUUGCAAUGGUCAAAUGAUUAUCCAAAAGGUUUAAUACUUUAUGAAAAUUUUGUAUCGAUUGAAGAAGAAGAAAAAUUAUUAGCAUCUAUAAAUUUAAACGACGAUUUAUCAAAUAAUAGCGGACAAAUUUUAAAACAACGACAAGUAAAACAUUUUGGUUUUGAAUUUCGAUAUGAUACAAAUAAUGUUGAUAGAAAUUCUCCUUUAUCACAAAAAAUACCCACCGUUUGUUCAUUUUUGACGCAACGAUUAUUAGAUCGUGGUUUUGAAAAAGAAUUUUCUCCAGAUCAGUUGACUGUCAAUAUAUAUCAACCAGGUCAAGGGAUUCCUCCACAUGUUGAUACACAUAGUGCUUUUGAAGAUCCUAUUGUAUCCCUUUCUUUGGGAUCAACAGCAGUGAUGGAUUUUCGGCAUCGUGAUGGAAGACAUGUUCCAAUUAUUCUACCCAGAAGAUCGUUACUUGUUAUGAGUAAAGAAUCAAGAUACGAUUGGUCACAUGGAAUCGCAUCUCGAACAAUGGAUAUGAUUCCAUCAAAACGAGGCCUCACAGUUCAAGUACGUGAUAUUCGAACGUCUUUUACAUUUAGAAAGAUUUUGCAAAAUGGUGAAUGUCGUUGUAGCUAUGAACAAGAAUGUGAUACAGCUAAGGGUAAACAAAAUUUAGAAAUAAAAAACAAUGUUGCAAUGGAAUUAGAAAAAAACUACGUCCACAAUGUUUACGAUGCAAUAGCUUCACACUUUAGUGAUACGCGACAAAAACCAUGGCCAAAUGUGUUAGAUUUUGUAAUGUCGUUCGAUACUGGGUCCAUUUUAAUUGAUGUAGGAUGUGGCAAUGGAAAAUAUUUGGGUAAAAAUAGAAACAUAUUCGAUAUUGGUUGCGAUCGAAGCAUUGAAUUAUUAAACGUUUGCCAUCAAAGAGGUUUUCAAACAUUUGAAUGUGAUUGUUUGUAUCUUCCGGUCCGCUCAAACGUUGCAGAUGGUUGUAUUAGUAUUGCUGUAAUUCAUCAUCUUGCAAAUGAGGAACGAAGAUUACAAGCAAUAUCUGAAAUGGUUCGAGUAUUAAAACCGAGCGGACGAGCUUUAAUAUAUGUAUGGGCUACAGAUCAAACAAAAGAUAAUGAAAAAUCAAGUUAUUUAAAACAAGAUCGAAAAAAUCGACGAUCAAAACCAAACAUAGAACAUACUAAUAAAUCAACAGCAACUAUGGAACCGACAAUUGAUGAAAAUUUAUUACUUCCAGUGCAUACAAACCGAACAGACUUUCAACAUAAAGACUUAUUGGUACCAUGGAAAAGGAAAAAUCAAUAUAAUACAUCGACAACUGAUGAAAAACAAUCCGAAACAUUUUUAAGAUUUUAUCAUGUAUUUGAAGAAAAUGAAUUGGAAAAUUUAUGUUUGAAAGUACCUAAUGUUGAAGUAAUUAAAACAUAUUAUGAUCAAGGUAAUUGGUGUAUUUUAAUU